CUUUCCUCGCUCGCCUCCUCCUUUCUCCUGCUUUGCGCCUGGUUGGAAGCGGGGCAUCGGGGGGGGAGGAGGGGGAAGGGGACAAAGGCGGGGAGGGGGCGCGCCAUGGCCGGCCAAGGCGCCCCCCGAGAGGAGGGGGAGGAGGGCGAGGGGGCGGCCAGGAAGACCAAGAAGCCCAAGCCGCAGAAGGAGCCCAAGGAGCCCAAGCAGCCCCAGCCCCGCGGGUCGGGCUCCUCCAGCCUCCGCCGCGCCUUCAGCUGGCUCCGGGGCCGAAAGAAGAAGAAGGCGGCCCAGAAUCCCCCCUCCGCGCCCCCCGGGGAGAGCGCGGCGCCCCCUGCCGAGGGGAAGAGGCACAAAGGGGCUGCGGCCAAGGCGGAGAAUGAGCGGCGGCUGAGCGUCCAGUACAAGGCCGGAGAGGAGCAGCCGGACAACGUCUUCUUCCCCAGCUCACGGACGGCACACCUGGAGCAGCUACAUUUCCAGGCCCAGGCCGGACUGAGAUCCCUGCAGGACCAAGAGAAGCACAAGCAGACCAAGAGGGCCUGGGACCACAGCGACGCCAGCAGCAUCCAGUCUUCCCCGUCAUCCAUAGAAGGCGAUGAUGUCUCGAUCCGGAGCCAGACGCCAUCAUGCACCACGGAAACCACCUCCGAAGAUGCCCUCUCGGUUCGCUCCGAGAUGAUCCAGCGCAAAGGUUCUACUUUCCGGCCGCAUGAUUCAUUUCCAAAAUCCGGGAAGGGAGAGAAGAGGAGGAGAGAGCGGAGAACCACAGUCCUGGGGCUGCCGCAUCAUGUGCAGAAGGAGCUUGGCUUGAGCAAUGGCUACGAUCCAAAGAAACGCCCGGGCAGCAUCGCAGUCAGAUCCACCCCCAGUCCGCAGCCCCUGGCGAACGGUGGCCAGGUGGCCGGCAACACCAUAAUCAUCCCCACCAUUGAUGGUAAGCUCCAGCCGGCCGCUGUCCCCAAAGGCGGUGCCCGCGUCUCCCUCCAAGCCCUCGAGGUAAAGACAGCAGCGAUGGCACCAACAGCGGCACUAUCUGCGGCGGAGUCUGCCCUCCAGCGCCACAUUGACCGUGUCUAUUAUGACGACUCUCUUCUGGGCCGCAAGACAGAGGCCAAGCUCUCUCCACUGGUGAUGAGGCCCAAGUCUCUGGCCGUUCCCUGGAUGACUACCCAGCCGGGCUCCCCGGAGCUCCUGGGCCCGGUCAUGUCCAUCUCCCCGCAGGGCACCUACCUGUCCAAGAUAAUCCCCAAUGCCGUCAUGCCACCCAUGGUGGACGUCAUUGCGCUCUCCCGCAACAGGGUUCGCACCCUCAGCCGCUGCAGCCUCUCCACGGCCAGCCCAGCCCCUUCGGUGCGCUCUGUGGGCCUCUUCCCCCCGGUGCCCCGCAGCCGGGAGCACUCCUCCUCCAGCGACAACUGGAGCCAUUCCCAGUCCACUGAGACCAUCGUCUCCAACACUUCCACCAUCUCCUCCCACGGCGGGAGGAAGGACAACAGCGAUUCAGGGCCUAACAGGCAGCAUGAACCGGACCAGCUCAGCACCUACAGCUCUGUCAGCGGCACUGGCUCCAGGGUUGGUGCUGUCCCUGCUUCUCCUAGCCUUUUGGGAGUGACACGGCUUCCGGGCGGAAGUGGUGGCGGCAGCAGUGGGCGAGCUUCCCCAGCGUACAGCACCGGCAGCGUGGCGGACAGUUCAGACAGUGUGAGCCUGCGGAGUGACCGCUCCUCGACCCGCAGCGUCUCCCUCCGGAAGAUGAAGAGAGCCCCUGCUCCCCCUCGCAGAACCUACUCUUUGCAUCAAAAGGCUCAGCAGCUAGAAGCCGAGGGGGCACCCAGAGCCAUGGGGCUGCCCCCUAAGCCAGACCGCCGGCCGGCUCAUAACAACAGCAGCGAGGUGUGGGUUGUGGGGCAGCAAGUGAGCCUCAGUCUGACGGGCGAGGAUGAGGUCUUCUCCCCAUCUUGCCCGAGCGAGAGCAGCAGCUUGGCCUGUUCUCCAGACAUCUCCCACCGAAGCCCCAUCACUGUGGACAAACUCCGCGAGGCGGAGGAGCUGAGAGCAGCGGAAAACCAGGGGCUCCCUUCCAAGAACAGCUCCCCUGACCGCUUUGGCCGCACGAUGUCUCCCUCCAGUGGCUACUCCAGCCAGAGUGGGACGCCCACCCUCCACACCAAGAGUCCCCUGGGCCAGGCCUCCUCGCCGGGGAAGAAGCGGCCGCAACCAAAGAAGCCGGAACGGGUUUGCUCCCUCCAGUCCCCGACAGCUGGCCUCUCUGUCUCCUCCUCACUGACCUCCUUGUCCUCUUCCACCUCGGAUCCAGCGACAGUCCCGCUGUCGGCCGUCGUCACCGAUGGCACCAUGUUGAACAAAGCAGAGCGUUUUGUCAUUCCUCCUCACCCCAAGGUCCCGGCUCCCACCUGCCUUCCGCCCAUCAAGGCCCAACUGGCUGAGCCAAAAACCGACAAUGUGGCAAUCACCAACAAGCAGAAAUCUCCUCCUCCAUCGCCUCCUCCGGCCUAUCACCCGCCGCCACCCCCUGCGAAGAAAGCCGAUGCAAGUUUGGAAGCCCCCGCUGCUCUUGCUAUUGCUGUCCCCAGUUCUUUGGAGGUUGUUGCAGAGGCUCCUCCGGACUCCCUGUGGCCCCCUCCACCGCCUCCCGUUCCGGAGGAACAGGAUCUCUCAAUGGCCGACUUCCCUCCCCCGGAUGAGGAGUAUUUUUCGCUGCUAUCGCCAGAGUCACAGCCAGAGUCAACGGCCAAGGAAAUGCCUUUCAUUGAUGCUACUGAUGGGCCUCCCCUUGGGGUCCCGCCAACCAACCAAAGAGCCGUGUCUGCAGGGGAGGCCAAAGAGCCCACCUCUCUGCCUUCCUCCUCCACCAUGGCGUCCUCAAAGAGCCAACAGCAAGGAGUCCCAGGUGACUCGGCACUGCCAGCUCCCACGCCGGAGCCCCCUCCACCUCCCAAGCUCCCAGCAGCGAUGGCGGAAUUGCCCACUGCCCAGAAAAAUCACAAGCCUCCGGCCACAGUGUCAUCGUCAUCUGUGCCCUCACCCACCACCUUCCAAGCUCCGUCAAACCUCAAGAAGCUGGUCAACGGUCUCCACCCUGAUCUUAAGAAGGAGCCGGCUGCUCGGAGCAAGAGCAGUUCUGUGCCAAAGGAAGAUGCUAAUCUGCCCAUCGUCACGCCCUCCCUGCUACAGAUGGUGCGCUUGCGCUCGGUCAAUAUGGAUGCCCACGGUUCAGCAGCUGUCCCAACAACGGGCAAACCGUUAGCAGAGCAGAAUGGCCCAAGCGUGAGGCUCAAUGGCAAGACGGGACUGCAGCAGCCCACCGCCCCUCAGAAACCUAUCCGGAAGUCCCUCUCCUUGAGGGGUCACCCAUCUGCGUCUAAAGAAGCGACCUCCUCGAACCCUUUGCACAAUGCGGUGCGCUUGAAGGCCUCCACCUUGUCUUCCAGGGAUGUGCCAGGACUCGGAGCGGCGGCGGACAGGAAGGCUGGGAAUCGGAUGACAUUGCCUGCAUUCCCCACUUCGUCUCUCUCUACAACCGGUGAGGCGAAAGACAGCCCGGCAUCCCCGCUGCACAAAUCCCCGGCAUCUACGGCCAGCUUCAUCUUUGCAAGGAGCCCCAAGAAACUGGUGAUCGAGAGCCCAUCUUCUCCGGAAGCCCAGGCCAACUUGCAGAAGAAUCUGGUAGCCGAAUUGAUGACCGUCUCUGGCCAGCGGGCUGUGGCAGCCCCGGGGCUUCACCACCAGGCCUCCGGGAAGGCUCCAGGCGAGAAGGCCCAGAAGGUGCCCCCUCCCAUUGCCAAGAAGCCUUUGCUGGGGCCAGGCCACUUGCAGCCCCCCAGGAGCCCAAGGUCAACGGGAGCAGAGGAGCUGAGCUCCCCAGUGGUGGCGUUUGGGGAGAGGACUAAGGACAGCGGGUCUGGUAGCCAGGCGGUCGUGGCAGGGACUAAAGGAGACGGCCCCUCCGCAGUGCCAGGAGCCCCGCUGCAGAGCCCCCCAGCACAAGAUCCUCUCCGCUGACCUUCCUCUUCUUCUUGCAGACCCAGGGCAGGAGAUGGCGUGAAAGAGGACCCAUAGGUACGAGUGCCCUCCUUGCAGAGGAGCGUAAGACAAACACACAAAAUCUCAGGGACCUGAGCAGGCCAGGACUUGGGGACAAGGAAGGAAAGAAAACAGAAACAGCCUUAGCCUCUGAUGGCCUUGAUAUUUAUGCAAAAAUCGUGUUGGUUUUGCUUUUCUCACACCGGAAGACCAAGUAGCACAACGCCUUCCUCCUUGAGGCUGCCUCCAGCUCUUCCUUUCCUGAGCAGCCUUCUCUUCGCUGGAUUUGCUAGUGUUUUCUUUUUCCCACCGGAGGCUGUUUGGUGCAGGAAGAAAAGGCUUUCCGAAGUUAAAACGAAGAGGAUAGCAACAGCCGACCUCUCGGCAGAAGGGACACGGCAAAGUUGAAUCAGCUUGGUGUGUUUUGCAAAGGCUGAGCCCUUGGCUUCUUCCUUUUCUUUCUUCUUCUUUGUGGAUUGCAUUGUUGGCUGCGAGGACGAGAGACUCGCCCGGCGCUGAAACAAAACAGAAGCACUUUCUCCAAAAACCAAGGCAGGAGGAAACGAGACUGUUUCUUCCCAAAUCUGGCCAAGGCCUCAAUUCUCUCUCUGCUGACAGACAUCCUGUGGACCUUUUGCACUUGAAUGGAAGAGUGAUACUGGAGAACAAGGCUGUAUUAGAUAUAUAUGCGCAUAUGUGUAUAUAUCACAUGGGCUCCUUUGGGCAAACUGGAUGAUUCGGGGAGCAAAAUUUGGCUCUUUCUUUCUUUUUCUUACUUUGCAGACCCGGUGAGAUUCUGCCAGAGCACAAACUGGGACCUAGCAGGGGUGGAAAACGGGAUCAGGGUGGCAAAAGCAUAUGGGAUUGUUCCUCGUCUAUUAUUUUUCUUAAUUUCCUGCCCCUUUCAUUUCCUCUGUGCCUGGAAUUGUCUCUUUGAAAGGCUUCCUUUGUUCUCAGGAGAGCAAGAGGGAACCUUUAGAAGGCGCCUUCCGAAAGGGAGCCGUGUCUGGCAAUGCAAGGUAUGACAGGGUCUAACACGUAAGUCAGCAGGUGCCUUAGAAAAUGCGAUUGUCUCAGCCUGGCAAAGGGGCAGUUAGAGCACCCCAGAACCUACAAUGCCCCCAAAUCUGGCUUUUCACUGCCACAGUAAAGCUAUAGCACACCUCUGCCCUUUGCUCCAAGAGGCCCUAGGCGUUUUGAGAUCCUUGCCCUGAUUUGGGAGAAGGGCUGCAAGACCGGGUGCGUUCAGUGCAAUUCUUUUAAUGCGGAUUUCACAAAGAGGGCUUUGGCCUUUUAAAGAUCCCAAAUAACAGGUGUCGUCGUGGUUGCUGACGCCUGAAGUUGCAUUUUAUUUGGGGAUUUCACGGUAGAGUUGAAACCGGAUGGUGGUUUGGAAGGAGUGUGCCGGCGCUGCUUUGCGGUCCAUUUUGGGAGAGGCGGAAAUGAUACAAAGCAUAUAUAUAUAUAUAAAGGUAUAGAGUGUAUAUAUACUAUAUGGAAGCAUACAAAGUUUAUAGUAUAUACACAACAAUUUUAUCUCCCAUGUUGAUCUUUAUGGCAUGAUCUCUUGAUGGAAGUAGUGAGUUGCUGGUGCCAUUAGGACCAUUGGAGGCGAAAGAGUAUUAAUGUUGGCAAAACCAUUUCCAACAAGGGUCUCCUGUGCUGGGCCAGGUGAAUUCUUGGGGUCCAGGUGAAUUCUGUUUGUACUGAAAUCAUUGUUAAAAAUUACAAAGCCUGGAAGGAACAGGCCAAAGCAAGACAAACCAAACCAAGGCUGGGUUCAGUUAACCAAUGAGAGUUGACUUUCAGCAGCUUCUGCUUUAAAGAAAGGUCAACAGAGCAUUAUAAUGUGAUGGUAUAGAUGAGAACUUGGGAGACCCAUCAGCCACAUUGUGUUCCUCUGUGGGGCUGAGCAUUAUAGCUUUCUCUCUGGGGCCGCACGUCUGCCGUUGCAGACUGUCUGGGAGUGGAAUGGUAUUAAAUCUCAGCACCAAGGGCCCUCGAAAGGGCAUCCUUUGGCUCAGUGACAUCUUUGCAGAGCAGUUUGAUGGGCAUCAGGAAGUCAGGAAAUAGAUCCAAUCCUUGGUGUCUCUAAAAUUAGUCUGAUAAAGAAUCCUGGCGAAAUGGUGGCCUUGUUUGGCAGAAGCCAGGGCCCUUUUGACCAAAAAGCUUCACUUUAUACUGCCCCAGCUCUUGCUGCCAACUUCUUCCCUUUUGUCAGCGAUGCUCUGAUCUUAUCCUGAGUCAAUGGCUCCCAAAGAGUAGCCUCCUCACUCCUCCUCUCUGCGUUGCUCUCCUUGAACCAAGUGUGCCUCAUGCUACAGUUCCCACAGGUGAGUCACCUGGCACCCAGGUAAAUGCCCAGUUCUGCCUGCCACUCAAUGAAGACCAGGCUUUUGGUUCCCCGUAAGGGGCUCACAGCACAAGGAAAGGCCCCUCCCGGCCCCCCAAUCCCAAGCCAGGCUGCUCUAAGGACCCCGCAGCACUUUUGAAAGGCAGGAGGAGAGGAAAGGUGGGCAGACCAGGAAAAGGAGGGGACGGGUGCCGCGCCGAGGCCGGGCCUUUCGGAAAGGGGACCAAACACCUCCCGCUUUUGAUUCUCCCUUUCCCUCUUUAAGCCUUGGCUUUCCUUUCUCUAGGAACACUAGAUGACCGAUUUAUAUACUUCGAAAAAGCAAAUCCUGGGGUCAUUUGAUUUGAUUUCCAUGAUUGUAAAAAAAGAAAAAAACCCAAGAGAUAAUGAAAACAGAAACCAAGAAAAUCUACCUUUAAGAAAGGGAGGAGUGGAAAUGAGGGUGAACUCCUUUUUUACAAAAAAGAGGAAAAGGUGUCUUUGUAAAGAUGAAUGAUUAAAGCUUGCUUGCUGAUUCUUUUA